CAGCAGUGUUUUGACUCAUUUUUGUUGAGAGGAGCGAAAUUGAUGAAGUCCAAAGACGAACAAUGCAUUUGUGUUUGUAGAAUCGUAUCUGGGUAGAGCUGAUAAUUACAUCAAACUGUUGUUCUUCAGGGAAAAAACCUUAACUUCAAUCACAGUAACACCAAAAAGUAUCUUCGACGUAGUGCGUUUUCUCUCUAGUUCUAGUGCAUGUGAAUUUUCAUGCGACUUGAAUUGGAAGACAGAACGCAAUGGAGGCGCUUAUCGUUUCAAUGAUUCCUGCAUUCGAUGCUAGAAAUGAAGCUGACAUUUGCAAUAAACUGCAAGAAUUUAACAAAGAGAACGCUCAGACUUUUACUUUUCCGGAACUUGGAAGUGAAACUAAAAAGAAAUUCAUUGGAGACGUCCUGCAAUCUCUGGAGGCUGCCUACAACACAGAAUGUUACUGUCUCUGCCUAGAAGCCUUAAGGAUCAUGAGUAGAGAGAAGCACCAUUUAUAUCAGCUAGCUCAGAAAGAAGGCAUACUCCUCUUACUCAAGCUGGCUGGGCUGGAGGAAAAACCCAACGCCAAUCAGAAUGAUCAAGUUAUCGUAGAAGCGGAGAAGUGCCUGUGCAAUUUAGUGUUCAACAGUACGACGGUCCAACAAAUAUGUGUAGAAUGUGACUGCGUUCGUUUUGUCAUGGACAGGGUAAAGUUAUACGUCACUAGAGAUCCACAAAUACCUAUGGAAAUAAAGUUCUUUGAUAUGAGAUUACUGUUUUUGAUGACGGCACUCUGUCCGAGCACAAGGUCACAGGUUAGAAAUGAUCACAACGGCAUUGAGCUGCUUACGGGAAUCCUUGAGCGCGACGUCCUUGCCAACGCCACGCCCGUACAGCACCCACCAACGGAACCCUCUACGAACGGGACAACAGACCUAGGAGCCACAGGGGGAGCAACGGGCGGAGAAGAAACAGCAGUGGAGGGGUUGAUAGCGGCGAUGAAUGCCGUGUCAACGGCCGACACAAUCAAGAUCACGGAAGAAGAGGCCAAUCUUGCGUGCGAGGUGUACAAAGCGUUAUUCAAUACGGUCAUACACAGUAAACUCAAGGAUAUCGAACAGGAAGAAGAAUCUGGAGUGUUAAAGCGUCUGGGUCAAGCUUGCUACAAGAUGCUACUGACGGAAACAACAUCUCUAGCUAAGACAGAGGAAUGCCACAGCCAGACUAUUAAUCUCUUGACCUGUGCCCUCCCGUUGUCCUGCGUCGAAGAGCUGACCCCUGAACCCGGCUUUGGAAGCAUUGCCAGGGCCGGGUUAGUGUACCGUGGGCGCAACAUGGAAGCAGUCUCAAGCAUCAUGAGGUUCUUAGAGAUGCGAGUUGACAGGGCUGCAGCCGCUAAGAAGUUACGUGUCGUCGAGCAGCUUAACCCUGUUUUGAGCGCUCUCUGUGUCUUGUGCAGGCGAAGCACGCACAUACGCAGAUUGUUAAAAGACACGGUCCUGCCGCCUCUUAAGAAAGACGAAGCCUGCCACUUGCCAGAGGAAGGAUGCAGAAUCCGUAAUAAGUUGGUUCGACUCAUGACCAACCACUCCACCGAUAUAAAAGAAGUUGUCGCAGAUUUCCUCUUCAUACUGUGCAAAGAGUCAGUGACGAAGCUCAUCAAGUACACGGGUUAUGGUAACGCGGCAGGGAUGUUGGCAAGGCGUGGUCUGCUGGCUGGUGGUCAUGGCAACACGGACUACAGCCCCGAUGAAGAGGAUAGCGAUACAGAAGAAUAUAAGGACGUCAGAAAUGAGGUGAAUCCAGUCACUGGCCGUGUCGAGUCUGAACGACCCAACCCAAUGGAAGGGAUGACGGAUGAGCAGAAGGAGGUAGCCGCUGUGGAGCUUGCUAAUAUGAUCCACAGAAUUACAAGAGAAGGCGUGAUUCAACCAAUGUCAGUGUCCGAUGACGGCAAACUCAUUCCGAUGAUGGACAUCGUUCAGAAGGCAGCGAUGCAACCCUUGAGAGAAGAAGCUUCAGAUGAUGAUGACGCUAUUGCUUAAAGGAGCACUCCGAAAGGAUUAAUAAAUAAUGCAGUCGACUCUUGUUAUAUCAAUAUCGCUGGGACUGGCCAAAUUAAUACCUCUUUAUAACAGGAAUGUUGUUAUAAGAGGAUAGUAAAACAAAGAAACACAAUGUACCCUUUACAAGCAGAAUCUCUUGAUAACAGUGCUCUGUUUUACUAGGGUUGACUGCCCUUAGACCCUUGGUAUAACAAGGUCACUGGGACUGGUCAAUUAGUUACCUCUUUAUAACAGGAAUGUUGUUAAAGACACUGGACACCUUUGGUAAUUGUCAAAGACCAGUCUUCUCACUU